GGAGGAGGAGUCAGAGCGCUGGAGUGUAAUGUGCGCUUCUGAAUCGGUCACUUUUUGCACAGGCGUUUGCACACAAAUGUGGUGCCGGUGUUCGCCGCAAUCAUGGGGGCCCACAAGACUGCAACGGGGCUCUUUAAAUGAAUUACCUACGGGAUGGUGAUCUGUUUUAUUCGCUCGCCUUGAAGAAGAAAAAGAAAAAAAAAGCCGCUUAAUCUUUCUGAAUUGGGUCCCGCUGUCCUCGUCACAGCAUCAUGGCAAUGAGCGCUUUGAUCAGCCGAGUCGUCCUUUUGGCGCUGCUACUUUCGAGUGCUGCCCGAUCACAAGCAACUGAUGAUGGCUCCGAGAGUGAGGUUACCGCCUCGGCGAGUCUACAGCUCGAUUUCACCACGAUUGUGAACGGAACCAUUGACUCCUCAGCGGAGACUUCCAGCUCUUUAACAAUUUCACCGGGCAACCGCUCUCAGCCGACUUGGGCAGAUCCGACGACCACCGCGGAAGGAGAAACGCAAACCGCAGCCGACAAUGUUGCCGAACACAACGAACAGACGAGCGACUUCACGAGGGAAUCUCCCGUUCAGACGGACAGCACUUACUUAUCAACGACGUUCACGAGAGCCGGAGAAAGGACCCUGUUAUCUCUGAGCUCAGGUUCUCCACAUACGGAACACGCCAACGAGUCAAUGUCUUCUAAUUUACCCGAACAAUCCACUGACCACACUAAAAACGAUGACCCGAGCAGCCAUUCCGAGUCAACGAUCUCAUCAGCGACACAGACAGAUGCGUCCUAUUCGGUAAAGUCAAAGGAGCCAGCGCCCGAGUCUGUACCUAAUCCAAGUAGCAAUGAGAGCUCUGUGAAUGAAUGGCAACCAUCCACCGACGUGAAGCUGACCAUCGCAUCCAACUCUACUUUGCCAGUUGCAUUCGAGAACAACGCCACUACAAGUUUAGUGGAAAGCAGUUCAUUGGUCAGCUCCUUGGCCGAAGAGCUGCCUUUCUCACAGUCUCCUUCUACGUUUCCACUCCCCGUUCCUUCUCUUUCCUCAACCUCUCGGGUCAUUACUGAGAACGAGACGGAGAUAGGAAGUGACUCCAUGACAGAUGUGACAGUAAUGCCUAGACCUUCUGCUAGGCCUUCAGAGGCGGAGGUGACAGAGGCCACUGGCUUUAUGACCACUGACAAUGCCACCACUUCAUUUCUGACACUUGUCACAAGUAGGAGUGCUGUGUCAGACACAGAUGACGUCGACGAUUCGACUAUUUUGAAUUUCACCAUUCCUCCUUCUACCACUUCUACAACUCGUUCCACAGAGCAAUUCCCUGGUGGCUUUACAACAGAUAUUAGAACGAUGACCGACACUUCAGUUGCCACCAAAGGUCCACAGACUCUAAACACUCCUCUUCCAGGGAGUGGAACCCAGGAUGAAAGUUUGCCCCCAACGACACAGAUGUAUGAGCUCAGCACAGCUAAAGAACAACAAAGUGAUGAGUGGACUUCAUUUGUGACACAGAAGACAAUUGUGCCACUGAUGACCAAUGGCACUUCAACGCCCGCAAUGACUACGGAGGUCACUGAGAUGCACACUACCAGCACGUUGGGUCCAAGCACAUCAUUUACUGCUGGGCUUACACGACACCCCAAAAUUAGCACAACCACACCAGGGCAAACAAGACAAAGUACUGUGCCUACAACGGUCACCUAUAGGACCAGUGCUCCCAGCACGACGACCGAAACCACAACAACGGAAAGAGCAAGCACAACAACCAGUGCUCAGGUGACAAGUAGAAGAGUGACGGUCGCAACUACGUCUGCCCCAGCAAAUACAUGCAAGCAGAGUCCCUGCCUCAAUAAUGGAACGUGUGCUUUUGAGUAUCAAACGGGAAGACGUGUCUGCAUCUGUACAGCAGCCUGGAUGGGAGAGAACUGCGGUGACGAUGUGGAUGAAUGCUUGACGAACCCAUGCCCCCCAAAUUUCAUCUGUGUUAACACAAAUGGCUCCUUCAACUGCGAGUGCCCCUUUGUCCUGGAAGAUGGCAGAUGUAUUCCCGGGAAGACCUUCAAGGGCAUCUUUGAAAUGAAUUUUGACUUCAACAAUACCAAGACAAGAAGCUCCGAAACUCUGCAGAUGCAGCGAUUAAUUGAAAUUCUAAACGCUUCUCUAGCUUCGUACAGAGGCUAUUAUAAAUCCGGCCUUCUCUCCACUGAAACGCAUGCAGCCAAGGUCCACAUUUUUGUUGAAAGCACGUUCUCCAAAACGUCCGACGUAACAGCCAGGGAGGUUUUCUACUCGGUACAUAGGGCCCUCAGCAACUGUAGCUUCACGUCCCUCUGGUGUGAGUUUGCACGCCACUUCCAACUUUCCUACAGAGCUUUGAGCCUCUGCACCCUCAUGGGUCCCCUAUGUGACACAGAGACGUCCAUAUGCAUUGAUGAGGACGGCUUUGCAGUCUGCCAUUGCAAAGAUGGCUACUUCAAAUUUGGGGAGCAGGACCAUGCUUGCAAAGCAUGCCGAGAUGGUUACAAAUUAGUGAAUGGAACCUGUGUAAUCUGUGACUUUGGAUUUGGGGGAUUCAACUGCAAUAAUCCAUACAAGUUUAUCAUGGUGGUGGUCGCAGCUGCAGGAGGUGGUCUGCUGUUGAUAAUGGCAAUCGCGCUAAUAGUCACCUGCUGCCGAAAAGACAAAAAUGACAUCAGCAAGUUUAUCUUCAAAAGUGGUGAUUUUCAAAUGUCUCCUUAUGCCGAAUAUCCCAAAAACAACCGCAUUUCUGCAGAUUGGGGCAGAGAGACAAUAGAGAUGCAAGAGAACGGCAGCACCAAGAACCUCUUACAGAUGACAGAUAUUUAUUACUCACCCGGCCUAAGGAACCAUGAGCUGGACCAAAGCGGACUCUUCCCCUACAGCGGACUGCCGGGUUCUCGUCACUCUUGCAUUUACCCAGGACAGUAUAACCCUUCAUUCAUAUGUGAAGAUUCACGGAGAAGAGACUAUUUUUAGUGAACAUAAAGAAAGGUCAAGCUGGCUUAUUUCUCAAAAUCCGUUUCUUUUUCAUACUGACAGCAUUUGUUGGAGGAAUUAUUUAACUUUUUUUUUUUUUGGUUUUUCAUGAACUGAAUCUAGAAUUGUAUUUAUUAUCAACAAGCUGGAAGGAAGAUUUUGAGCUGCUGUUUUCAUCAAGAAUAAUAGAAAAAAGUGGAAGAAGUCUGAAAAGAAAUCUCGGAAAUUCAUCUUAAUUGUAUGCAAAUAAUGGAAGAACAGGCGUUAAGUUACUAAACGUUCAUUCUUGAUGCCCACCUCAUACUCCUGUUGGGAGUCUCUGGCUCUGCCGGUGUAACAUGAACCAGCCAAAGCGUCAUUUGUUUUAAGGAUCGCCAUGGAGUACGUUUUUGAAAAAACUGUGGAGCAGCACAAGUGUUCACAAUGAUGGGAUGGCAGUGAGCUCCACCAUCCUGUGCAAAAUGUGUUUAAAAGCCAUUACUGUAGCGAAUGAAGUCUCUCCGGGCAAAUCUCGGCCUUACUAGACGUAGAAGGCACUGCUAGUUAUACCUCUGCCAACAAAAGAUGUCAUCGAGGACGGCCUCAAUGUGGAUUUUCAUCGUUUGACCGGAAUCGUGUUGGGAACACAAGGAUGAGGUACCAUGUGCACCACGCCGGUCACAUCAGUUAGCCUUUCUAAGGGCAUUUAGCUGACAAGAUAAUAAUACAUAACGUAGCAUAAGAGUCUCAAAACUGUUUAGUCGAUUAAGGGCUUACAAAGGAGCUGGACCAUCAGAUGUAAGACAGGAACCAUCUCUGGACCUCUACAAAGUCCUCACAGGGUCAAUCUGAAACAUGACGUGUGGCUUUGGAGUCAAAGGGAACCUGCAAACUCCACACAGAAACUGAAUGGACACGUCAUUCAAGCCAGCAUGAUGGAUCUGUGAGGUAAACCCACUGUGAGAAUAGCAAUGCAGUAUCAUUUCAUAAUUCUGGGCUUAUUUAUUUCAACCUGUCCAUCUAUGCAUUUGUCUUCCAGACCUACACUGCCCCAUUACUUUGGUCAUGGAGGCCAGAGAUUAGUCACAUGAGAGCACUAGGGGCUAAUCACACAGGAAAUACAAAAUUCAUUUUAUCAACAUAAUUCAAAAGUGGUUUCCAUUCUGUUCACAAAACGAACAUCGAGGACUGGAGGUUCCUGCCUUUACACCUACUGAUCCCACUUCUGGUGUGACCGUGACUUGGGCUGAACACAGCUGAAAAUGAGCAGACUAACGGAACAGGUCAGUCUCUCACAAAACACCAUUUGGUGUGAGGAAAAAUCAUCUUGUCGAUCAAAAGAGCCAUCUUGAGGGGGGUCACACCACUCAUUUGUGAAGUGAAGUUUAGGAGUUUGUUCUGGCGGGUCACUGUGUGAGCAAGUUUAGCGAAAGACAGUCAAGUCUUAAAAGUAGCAUUUGUUAAAAUACUGAAGGACAGUGUUUGCUUACCGAGUAUAAACGCGUCUCAUUUGGCAUCCCUGUGACCUGGAUAGAUCUGUUUUAAGAUUAUGUAAAUCACAGUGUCUUCACUGAAAUUGUGCCCUCCUGGUGCAUUUGCAGUACUUCCAUUUUUAAUUUUCAAUUAAGUAUUUAAGUAUUACACUGCAUUUACCUGUAUCUGAGUGUGUGGAUAUAUUACUGAAUGUACUGAUGUUUGCUGUGCGAGAAUAUACGUGUGUGUGUGUGUGU